UUAAAUGUGAAUAAGUUGAGAAAACUUGUAUGAUUUUUAUUAAUUUAAUUUAAUUUUAUUAAUUUAAUAAAAUGCGCGUAUGUGUUCUGGGCGGCGGUAUAAAUGGUUUCUCUUGCGCGUUGUGCAUCUUAGAACAUUUUAAAAUUAAAGGGGAAAAUGUUGAAGUAAUUGUUAUAUCGGAAAAAUUUACACCCAAUACGACAGGUGAUGGAUCUGCCGGCCUUUGGGGUCCCUAUUUAUUGGGCGAGACAUCAGCAGCCAAAGUUCACCAAUGGUCGAAGGGUAUGCACGACUUUUUAGAGAACUUGUGGAUUUCGGAAGACGCUGGUGAAGCUGGAAUUUGCUUAACGCCCGUGAUUAGAGUUACAACCACGGAUAUGCCUCAAGCUGAAUUUUGGAAAGAUAUAGUCUACGGGUUUAAAUAUCUGACACAAGGCCAGCUUGAUGAAUUGAAUAGAAAUCGUGCAAAAAAAUUCAAGUCAGGACUACAGUUUAUAACAUUUACAUCUGAGCCGCGUAAACUUUUGCCUUAUUUGAUGAAACGCUUUCAAAGCCAAGGUGGCCGUAUAUUGAAACAAAAAAUUGAAAAUAUUUAUAACUUUAUGAAAAUCGCUGAUUAUGAUGUUGUCAUUAAUUGUGUCGGUUUGGGUGCCUUAAAGAUGUUGAAUGACAAAGAUAUGUAUCCUAUACGCGGUCAGGUAAGUCGAGUCAACGCUCCAUGGCUGUAUUAUGUUUUAUUAGACGAUAGUGACGACGGAAAUUACAUAAUUCCCAAUUCGUUUACAGUGGUUUUAGGUGGGACCCAUCAGGAAAAUAAUUUUAACACUUCUGUUUGUCCAAAAGAUAAAAAAUUCAUUGUUGAUGGCUGUAAAGAGAUUAUACCAGCAUUAAAUCAAGCUCAACAUUUGUAUGAUUGGGUUGGCUUAAGACCAGGAAGAACUUCCGUACGUUUGGAGUUGGAACGGUUUGGCGAAAAGUUGCUAAUACAUAAUUAUGGCCAUGGGGGCAGUGGCGUUACAUUAGCUUGGGGCUGUGCCCAGGAUGUUUUAAAUAUAUUGGAAAGUGCUUUAAAUAUUCCUCAGUUAAAAUCAAAAUUGUAACCAAUCCGAUAAAAA